GCCUCAUCCACAUACUCCCCUCUUCUCCCAUCCGGCUGACGGUCCGUCGGUGCGGCAUCCUCAUUGCCGUAUCAGGACGUACCAGCCCAGAUGAACCAACCCAUUCGUCGACAGGCAGAAGCAGGCACUCGGCUGGCAAUCCGAGUUCAGGGACACGGACCCAAGAGGAGGGCCCAUUGGAGGGUCCGGCGUGACCCGGGUAUGUCAUGUGGGGGUGGUGAGGUAGACCACCUUUUGUGUGCCCUCGCCAGCUUCUUUGCCUCGAGAUGAGCGAUGCCGACGUGUUUCUACCGGGACUGGCCGAUGGUAUUGCCUGCCUUAUUGUACAUGUCCGUGGUAUUGUCGAGCUCGUACAUACCUUCUUCCGUUGUGGUUUCGCUUUGGCAGUUGUCGCUGAGCAUUGCUGACAUUGAUGGCUUCACAGGUUCUCGGGUCGUCGUCCUCCUCCUCCACGCCUCUUCUUCGACCACACUGUCUUCCCUCGCUCUUCGGUACGUCACACUAUCCCCUUCUCUCCCUACCCUGGCCUUUAUACACAUUUCGGCCUCAAACAGCUCAGGUCCGCUUCCCUAUAGCGCUACCCAGCUAGCUCCUAAGCGGAGCAAGGGCCCACAAUAAUAGAUCAUCAUCCAAGAUCCGACGGUGUCCGGGCCGCAA